AUGGAUAUAUUGAACGAGUAUUUAUCAAGCCAAGCGGAAUACAUAGCUUCGUCUCUAUAUAGCUAUGCAUUAAGGGCAAAACGGCGUCGUAAUAGUAAUGGGUAUCAUUGUUGUUCAUAUCGUUAUCAUGGUCUUCAAACCCUAGUUCAUUCUGAAGCAACGAAACUACCCGGGAGAAUUCUACAUUGCUACAACAUGGAUAAAACAAGAAUUGCAUUAUCACAAGGUGAUAAAACAUCUUUGUUAUGGGAGAGAUUGUCGAAAUCACUAUGGUCAUCAUCACCCGGACGUUCGAGUGUAAUGGGCGAUUUGAUUGGGACUGAGAGUGGAGAUUGUAUGAGUUAUGAUUUACUUGAGCUUUUAAGUCAAGAUCAAAGUCAAAAAAAGGGAUUCAUAUUCAAAGAAAAGAAGAAAGUGGAGAAGGAGUUUCCUCCCGCAAUAACCUUGUUGAGAGAAUCUGGAGGGGGAAUGCCAUGGUGUAUUAAAAAGGAAUGUAGUGAGGAUGGAAGGUUGGUUUUUAGGACGGAGCGAGUGAAAUGCUAUUAUGAAAAUAUGGAGGCUCAAAGAGAAAAUGGUAGACUUACUAUGAGGUUCAUCCAUCAUCAUAAUGAAGAUGAUGAUGGAUGGCCUGUUGGCAAUUUUGAUGAAGAUGAAGAAAAUAAUAAUUAUGAAUUUGAAAAGGAAUUGACGAAGGAGUUUGAUAGUAAUGAAAUACGGAAGAAUGAGAUUGGGCGAUGUUGGGCCGAUUUUCGCCCAUGUGUUUCUUAUAAUGGCAGAGGGUUUGCUAGGGAUUCAGGAUCCUUCUGUAUGGAUCAUCCAAGUUCUGCUCCGCUUCAACCCAUUGCUUAUGUUAUGUGA